UCGCGUUUACGUCAGUUCACGCCGAGCUUUCGCGCGUGUGGGUCGCGACCGUAAAUCGUCGAGUCUGUCGCGCGUUUUCGCAGUGCCUGCGCGAAGCCUUGUUGUUCAAUCGAAAAAAACGCAUUGCGUGUGCACAUAGCAAUCCUCUGAUGACGUUCACUACGCAGAGUCGCAUGACGAAAGGAUUUGCUGCUGAUAUACAUUUUGCCUAGCGUGUUCUACGGCGACGAUCGAUCGUAGAAGCGUUCACCUGCAUCUAACGCCUAACUCUCCCAGAGUGUUUUAACGAGAACCAGUUGCCUAACAUAAAAUAAAAAAUGUCAGACAUUGAAGGUGAUGAUGAGUUUCAAGAUGCUCAGGAAUCAUUACCACAACUCACUUCUAUGGAUUUGGAUACAGCGAUAAUGGAGGCGAAAAAAUCGAUACAUUGUUUUUUCAAUAAUGACUUCGAUGAGGCGAGGAAAAUUUUAGAGCCAUGGGCGGACAGCAGCAUGUAUCACUCUUUGGGGACUAGCGUAUUCGCAUUUUUAGAAGCAAUUCUUACGUUUGAACAAAAACAUAUCGAGAAGGCGUCGGAGAUAUUGAAGCAAUGCAUGAGCGUAUGUUCCAAACACCGAAAACACACCACUAUCACGCAGAAUAUCGGAAAAAUAGUGAAGAAGGUCAACUAUGAUUCUUACACAAAUGAGGAAGUGCAUGCGGAACUCUGUUAUGCCGAGUCGCUUCUCCUCAAAUCGAUGCUCACUUUUGUAGAAGAUGAGACUUUGGUCAGCUUUGUCAAGGCGGGAUUGAAAAUUCGUACCUGUUUUCUGUCAUACAAGGAAUGCAUGAUGAUCUUGAACAAUCGCAAAUGGGGAAACGAUAUUCACAAAGUGCAUUUCGAAAGUGGCGUUCGUAUGGGUAUCGGUGCAUUCAACUUGAUGAUAUCGUUGUUACCGGCGCGAAUUAUUAAGCUAUUAGAAUUUAUCGGAUUCUCCGGCGAUAAGGCCUACGGUCUAGCGGAAUUAAAAGCGGGUUAUAAUGAGAGGAGAGGUCUGCGACAAAUCUUAUGCGUUAUGACUUUGUUGUCUUACAAUCUGAUCGUCACUUUUGUACUGAGUCACUCGGAUGGCGAUUUAGAAUGGUGCGAUCAAGUUUUGCAGCAGGAGCUGAGCCUUUAUCCGAAUGGCGUAUGGUUCCUGUUCUUCAAGGGAAGACUAGAGCUCACGCGGGGCAACUUCGAAGAGUGCAUAGACUGGUAUAUCAAAUCGUGGAAAAGUCAAAAUGUAUGGUCGCAGUUCCAUCAUCUCUGUUAUUGGGAAUUGAUGUGGGCGCAUUGCUCACUGCAGCAAUGGAAUAAAGCGGUCAUAUAUGCUACGAUGCUGAUGAACGAGUCUAAUUGGUCACGCACUAUCUACCUGUACCAGAAGGCUGCGAUUUUGCUUAUGCAAAACCCGUCGAACGGGAGCGAAGAGAAACAACAGAUUGAUAACCUGAUGAUGCAGGCACCAACCUACAAGCAGCGCAUUGCCGGCAAGUCGCUACCGAUGGAGAAAUUUGUGAUCAAGAAGACGGAGCGUUAUUUUGCGCAAAAGAAAAAUCUAGUCUUGCCUAUAUUUGAGCUUAUGUAUGUAUGGAAUUUCUUCAGGAUAAUAGGCAAGCGGCAAGAUUUGAUAUUGAAUAUAUUCAAAAGGAUAGAGGAGACGGAGAGAGAACUCAAAACAGCCUCGAAAAAUGAAUUCCACGCGGACAACGAAGCGCUUCUAUUACUGUUGAAAGGCGUUUGUCUGCGACAAAUGCAACAUCGUUUACAAUCGGAGGAGUGUUUGCGACGUGUUUUACAAUUGGAGAAAUCAGUCAAGGAGGACACGUACUUAUUUCCCUAUGCUACCGUAGAAUUAGCUUUAUUAGCUCAAGAUCAAGGCGAUACUCAGUUAGCUAUAGGUUUUUUAGAAGAUGCUAAGAAAAAUUACACGGGCUACUUAUUAGAAUCUAGAUUACACUUCAGAAUACAUUCGGAUCUAAUGAUAUUGACUGGCAAGAAGACUAAUAAUUACACGAUGAAGAAGCACGAGAAUCAUCAGCAAGCGGACAUUACUGCCAAUAAUAGUGUCAUUAUCGCGGGUCCAAGUGCUGAUGAUUCUAUCGACAUUAAAUUAUAGAAGCGUUGUAUAAAGAGAGAAAGAGCAUAUACACAAUCGAAAAUCUAUUUAUUUUUAAAUAGUAAAAGUAAAAUAACGUUCCUUUACAUAUCUUUUUAAGCGAUAUAAAUAUUGCAUAUAUUGUACGUAUGACGAGGACUCUUUCAUGAAGACAAACCAGUAAGUUUGCAAUUUCCCCUUGAUAUCGAUUGAAGGCCUCGGUAUAACUAUCAUCUGGUUUUGUUAUCUAUAUAAAGUCUGAAGGUUUUGCCAGGAUUUAUUCGGGAGUUGAGUACAUUUUAUAGCAUGCCCGAUAUUAAGGCAUAAAUUAUUUUCUUCCACAAGAGUAACGAUGAAAUAUGGAAAAGUAAUAUUUUGUAGUGAUUAUAACAUUGAUACAUAAAUUCUAUCUUCUGUGAGAAAAAUAAAAAGAAUAAGGUAUAUACAAUAUAUAUAUAACAUUCUCAUCGCGGAAUUUUGCGUGAGGAUAUAUUUUCUAGCGCGAUUAAUAUAUAGAGUAUAUAUUAUAUAUGUAUAAAUUAUUUUCUUUUUUAGAAGAUUAGCAAGAGAGUGUGAUCUGUGAUUGUUCUACUGUGUGUGGCGAAAGCUUAUUAUAAAUAAAAUGUUACGAAAAAGAUUUGUAUAUAUGCAAAGGAUUAUGUAAAAAACGUAAUAAAAUGAAUGAAGAAUGAUA